GGGCCUCCUGCCGUCAGAUUUCGUGGCGCAGAGUGUGCCGUGCCACGGGUCAACCAGAAGAGCAGGUCGCCGGAGGUGGAACUCGCGACCGGAAGGACGUGCAGGUCGCUUCCUGGUCGAAACGAUAAGCUCCAUUUGGUUCGUCUCUUCAGGAGUGAUGUCAAUGCGAGGAAGGAUCGGUCUUCGUAUCAUCUAACGAGAUGACCUUAACAGAUCAGACGGCGAAAGCCAAAGGACCGCCGCGAUGGCUGGACCCGGACCAGGUUCUUUCGGUUCAGGGACGAAUAGGCGAAGACGUCGUCUUUGAACCAAAAUUACGGUGGUCCGAUGUUUUCGACGAGCUACGAUUCGAAUUAAUUCGCGAAGAUGUACCAAUACCGUCCGAUAGAUACCGCGUACAAAUGAGAGGCAACGUGGUCCAAUUGACUCUGAAACAAUCGCAAAAGGACGACACCGGACAUUACGCUCUGGUGGCGACCAGGCUCGGUCAAGGAUUCGACAAAGGAUCCUCGAAGAGGAUUCAUCUGAGCGUCGAUGAGCCGAUUUCCGAAGAGGGUGACCCACCUGUUUUUCUACGAAGAUUGACCGAUCUUGCGGUCAAAGUUGGAACGAGGACCAGGUUUCUCGUAGAGAUUCGAAGUUCGACCACACCAAAGAUCACUUGGCACAGAAAUGCGGAGCCGGUACACGCGGGUUCGAGAUUUUCUUUCGUCCACGAGGGAAACUUCUACUGCGUCGAUGUGGCUCCUGUCACCGUCGAGGACGAAGGACAAUGGACGUGUAUGGCGGAAAAUCCGAGUGGAAGAUCAUCUUGUACAUCUCGUCUGACCGUAAUUGUCCCGAAAGCAUACAAAAGGCCAGAAUUCGUCGAGGAGCUUCGUGCUCUGUUAACAGAAACCGGAACAGUAUCGUUAGAAUGUAAAGUGGUCGGUGUACCUACUCCGGUAUUAAGAUGGUUUAAAGACGACAAAGAAAUCAAGGCUGGCGAUGUGUUUGCUUUAACUGCCAACCCUGAUGACCCAACCUCCCUUGGCAUUUACACUUGCGAGGCGGUGAACUGCAUGGGAAUCUCUUACUCCUCUUCGAAAGUACACGUAGUUGGAAAGGGUAGCAGAGAAGGUUCUCUGAAACCAGCGGAUUCUAUGACACCCUCCGGUCCUCUUCCUGUUUUUACACGAAUUCUACAGGACGAAUGUUGCAGAAUUGGAGAUACUCUUCGUCUUUCUUGUCAAGUCCAAGUGCCACCAUGGCCAAAAACGAUUACAUGGUACAACAAGGAGGGGCGAAUCGAAGCCACCGAAAAAUACCACGUGAUGGAGGAUGGACUGGGUGGAUAUUCUAUAGAGAUAAACCCCGUAGAAGCCAUGGACGAAGGCGAAUGGAAAUGUGUCGCCAGCAGUGCGGAGGAUAUGAAACAAUUCACAACUUGCUAUGUUGCAAUGUCCAUUCCAAAGAACUACAGGAAGCCACGCUUCAUGGAGAGCUUGAAGGCUGUUCUGACGGAAGAAGGUUUGGUAUCCUUCGAAUGCAAGGUCGUAGGAUUUCCUACACCUUUGCUGAGGUGGUUCAAAGAUGGCCAGGAAUUAAAACCAGGAGACGUUUAUCAGUUAACUGGGACCAACUCCUUAGGAUCUUAUUGCUGUAUCGCGAGAAAUUGUAUGGGCGAAGCAAAAAGCACAGCCGAAUUAACCAUCGAAGAUAUUCAGAAUCAGUUGAACGAAGAAGAACGUAUGCAACUUUUGAGUACAAAUCAACCACCCUCCUUCAUCAAAGGACUGAGGAGCUGUGAGGCAAGAAUCAACGAAGAGUUUCAAUUUACCGUACAAGUCAGUAUUUCCCCUGUGCCAAGUCUCGCUUGGUACAGGGACGACGUGCCAGUCGAGGAGAAUGAAAAAUAUCAGAUCGCCAAGGAGAAUCUUGGCACGUGCCAUCUCGACGUAAGAAAGCUCGAAUUUGUCGACCAAGCAGAGUGGAAAUGCGUGGCUUCCAAUGAUUUUGGUCACAGCGUCACUUCCUGCUUCUUGAAACUAAUCAUUCCCAAGCACUACAAGAAACCGAAAUUCCUCGAGAGUUUGCAGGCCAUAUUGUCCGAUGAGGGUGCAGUGAACUUAGAGUGCAAAGUGAUAGGUGUCCCGCAACCGAUUCUCAAGUGGUACAAAGAUGGGGUGGAAUUAAAACCAGGGGACAUUCAUAGAAUCAUCUCUGGACAGGAUGGCACCUGCUGCCUGGGGACUUACACCUGUGAGGCUACCAACUGUAUGGGAACCGUCAGUAGUUCCGCGUCUCUUUUAGGUUUCGAAGAUAAAUUUCCGGUUCGAAAAGAGGCUAAAGAGGUCCAGUCACCGAAUGGCCACGAACUCGCCAGGAACUUGUCCCUCUCGACGAUACACGAAGAAAGAACGUCUCAAUUAUACGACACCCCGCAAACUGAUCAUUCCGUCACGUUAGACGAUCGAGGAGAAGUGUCCUUCAGCUUCGAUGGCAAAGAAGUUUCCGUCAGCCUGUACGAAACACCCGAUCUUACGGAAGAAGAGGCUCUUCAAAUUGUUGAAAUGUAUGCUGAUCAGUUGUCUGAACACGUAACAGAACACAACGUGAUCGAGCUGCCACCAAUGAGAUUCGUUAAGGAGUCGUCAAAUUCUGGAAACUUAUUGAUGGAGGCUGUGGUGAUCGACGUCUCCCCGGAUUACUUCGUCAGCGCUGAAGAUGGCGACGACCUUCGAACCGAGGCUGACUUCGAGGACGCUUCCAUCCUGGACGACGUGACUCGUGUAUUUUCCUCUCCCGAACGCGAUUCCCGUGGUUCCUUGAAGAGAUCGGCCAUGUAUAGUUUAGAGGAUGACGACAAGCCACCUUCGAGGCCGCCGAGAAAGAAGUCCACUUCUUCGUCGAAAAGCGAGAAAAGCGAGAAGAGUCAAAAAAUGGAGUCGGAAAGUUUUCACAGCGCUCAGAAGGACGAACCCUUCUCUCCCGUUUCUCCGAUGUCUCCGGUGUCCUCGUUGAAACAGGACGACAGCGACACGUUUGCCGAUGCCUUGUCUUCUGCAAGGUUAUCCAUCUCUGAGAAUCAAGUUCAGAAACUGUACGAAGGUGGCCGCGACCGAAAACGCAGUCUGAGCGCGGAUAAAACAGCCGGUUCCAGCAUCGACGAUGGAAUAGGUGGCGAUUCCUCUUUCGACUCUGUCACUGGUGUCCCGAAGAAGAAGAAACACAGGAAGAAAAAGCACAAGAAGGAGAAAGGUAGCUCUGAAGAAUCUUCCAUUGGCAGUGAGAUAGAUGGGAAAAGACGAAGAAGUAGAUCCGCGAGCAAAUCCGACCUGCAUCAGCGUAUAGAGUCUAUCAACAAAACUGAAGAACCGUACGUUGAAGACGUUCCAGAUAAAUCCAGCGAGAGGAAACCAUCCAGCGAUUCUGACAAGUCUCUGUCGAAAAGUAACAAAGAAAGACUGCUGGAUAACAUGAGGAAGAUGAAGGAUCCUGUUCUAGUGGUACGAGACACCUUGGUGAACAUAGACCAACUGGACGCUAAAUUGAACUCCGAGAGCGAAGAAGAUUGCAAGGUUAUCGUCACGGAGAAUAUAAUUAAACCUAUUCAAAAUUUAUGCGAAGAAGUGUCCUCCGUAGAAGCUAAGGCUUUGAAGAGUGCUGGAGACAGGUCGUUGACCCAAAAUGUUCGAAUCUCUUUGCUGGAAGCGAUUGGAGGUCCAACCGAGGAGCUUCUUCGAGGAAUGGAAUUAAUAGGUCGUCAAGAGAACGUGAAGAAUCGCAAGACAGACGUGAUAGCCAUACUAGAGAGUCUGACAGACCCUGUGGAUGAGAUUCUCAUGGGAAUCACCAAGAUUGAACACGAACUGACUGGUAGAGCCAAAGGUGAAAAACCUAUAGCACUGAUCAGGAUGACCUCGGCUGUGUCCAAGCUCGACGAGAACAUCAGGAAGGUCCCGACAGUGGAUAAGAGGGCUACGAGACUAGUUUCCAGUUUGGAGGAUAUCCUCAGCACCUUGGACUUCUUCUUGAACGACGUCUCCGUAGACCCAUCCAAGGGAACCAUAGAAACUGUGGACACAGUGGUGGUUGAGUCAUUGUCCAAGUCUGUGGAAGACGUCGCCCGAGCUCUGGGUGGUUUCUCAUCGAACGUAGAAGUCUCCAAGGUCAUAGACGAGCUUCUGACUCCGACACGCGAGUUGAAGGCCAAACUGGACACCCUGAAGUCAGCCUUGGAGAUCUACGAAACCAAAGGCAUCUUGUCGGAGCACAGAACCAAACUGAUCGAGUCUCUUCAGGAAUCUGUGGGUCAAAGUAUACAGGAGAUCCAGAAGGUGAAAGAAAAGAGUACUACCGAAGAACAGAAGACACCAGCCGACCAAGCGAAACAGGACAUCUUGAAGGAAGUGAGGCUGACUCUUCACGAGGCGUUGAAGUCUUACGAGAACAUCGCUGGUACUCUUGAUCCACGACUCUCCACGGUGUUCGAUCGAGUGGAUGAGAUGUUCCGAAGACUAAGGACACCCCAGAAGAGGGACAGCGGCAUCGAGACCCUGAUGAACCUGGAGGGUCCUCUCUAUUCUCUGCAGUGUGCUCUGAACUCGAUGGCGAUAGUGGAGAACUCUGAGAUGGUCUUCAAGCUCCUCGAACCAGCCAUCUUUCAGCUGAAAUUAACUAUAACGAGUCUGGAGGAAAGUUCCUUGAAACCUGUAAUGGAGAUGUUGCAGAGUAUCGAGAAGACUGUCAGUGGAACAGCGAACGAAUACGAAGAGACGGUUUCUUCGAGAUCUGUUCAAGACGAGCCUCAAACUCUGACGGAUAGGAUCUUGGAUCCUCUGAUCGACGUCCAAUCUGCUCUCAGCGCAGCUCUUCAGACUAUAGAAGAUGUUGAUUCCGUUAAAAAUGGAGCAACUAGUCCUCAGAAAAUAUUGGCUUCUUCAGAAAUAGCUGCUUGUCUGAUAGAGCUGAGGCAGUGCGUGUCUGACACUGCUCACACAGCGAUGACCCUGAGAGAAGACGAAACCCUGAACAGUCUGAUCGAUUUAAAAGAGCCUCUACUGGAUCUACAACUUGCUCUUACCUCUGAAGACAGAAGCUUCCAGGAACUGCCGGUGAUACGAAAAGCGUCCGUGCCUCUGGAGAAACUGAAGGUUGUGGUAUCUACGGUGCUGCGCCAUUGCGAUUCUCAGGAAAGCAUCAAAGCUGUAAGCGAAGUCUCGAAAAUGUUGGAAGAAAUUGAAAAGCAGCUGCCGAAAACCGUGACGCGAUUGAUCGAUGCUGAAGAGGCGAAGAGGCAUUACCUGGAGGGUAUGAAUAUCGAUGAGAACCUCAGCAACGUUCAUUUUGCUUUGUCUUCAGUUUUGGAGAGGCAGGAGAAGAACUAUCCUGGUCGUGUAUCGAGUUUUGCCAACUGUAUCGAAGAACUGAGACAGAAUCUUGGUUCCUCAGCUGUGGCCAUCGCGAACCUGAAAAAUCCAUUUGAUGAAGAGAUCGUAGAACAAGUUUAUCGAUUAAAGGAAACCUUGCUAAACCUGCAGAGAUCACUGUUGACUCAGGAACACGAUGUAGAAGAGGAGCAGAUAUUGAAAGACCUGAUAAGUCCGAUUGAGAAGCUGAAGAAUAUCGUUCAGAGCAUCGUGGACAGCGAUGCCAAGUCGGACGCGGUUCUUCCAGUUCUGGAGCUCCUGGAAGAAAUAGAGAAAGACACGCCUCUGAUCGCUAAAGAAGUCUCGAAGAAGAUGGCUCAGAAAGAGGCUGAGAAAUUGAUUCCAAAAAAGAAAAAGCAAAAGACACCUACCUUUGAGCUGGCUGAUAAAAUCAGCCGAUCCUUGGAUCCUAUGAAGCACUGGCUGUCCACCACCUCUGAAGAAAGCAUCAAGGAAGAUGAAGAAUCCGGUUUAAGCUCGACUGUGAGCGAAUUGAAGAGAGACGUAACCAAGAUCGCCAUAGAAACAUCUUAUUCUGAACCACCCACUGAUGAAAGUUUAAUAGAAGCUUUAAUUGAUCUUCAGGAACCAUUGAUGAGGCUUCGAAACGCCAUAUCGAUGUACCAUGAGCCUGCAGACUUAAACACCUUGGAAGGUCUAGGUCGACCCAUGAAGUAUCUCCUUCAGACCAUUAUGGACGUUCUCAGAGAUCACGCCGAAGAAGAAGCUCUUCGUCCGAUCGUGGACAUUGUUGAAGAGAUUGAGAAUCAGAUACCCAUUUCCAUCAAGGAGGCUCUUUAUAAGAAGGAGUUGAUGGAGGUGGUGAAGUCGAUGACUCGUGAAGAGACAGGUGCCACCACGUCUCAGGAAACCAUUCAGGAAGAGAUUGUUCCUCAGGAACUUCCUCAAGAAGUCCAAGUGCAUACUUCUCAGGAAACCACUGCUGAGGGUACCCUGGAAAGCAGCACUGUACUUCCCGAAGCACAGUUCUCAGAAUCUGUCAUCGAACAGACUACUAUCGAAGAAAUCAGCUCUCAGAAAAGUGAUCAGGUAAUUACGAUGAUCGAAGAGGUACCAAAGCAGAAGGUGGCUGUUGACGAAGCAACGAAGAAAGGAGAAGAAGAAGCGAUUCAGUUGGUACUUUCUCUGUCCAAAACUCUAGAAAACGUUCAGAUGGAUGUCAUGGGUAUCCUUGAAGACUUUGAACAGCCUACAACUGGUACCACCACCCUGCCGAUAUCCUAUUUGGCAAAUUCUUUGGAAGAACUGAGGAAGACCAUUUUCAUCGUAGGAGCAAAGACUGGAGAUUACGCUAAAUCGGUUCAUUCUUACGAAGAAACUGUGGAAGAAACGAUUUCCAUGCUGAAGAGCCUUCAGCAGCCUCUGAAUAAUCUACAGGAAGUUCUUCGUGAAUCUCAUCAACAUGGGGCCAGAGAACUUCUUAUUCUGAAUCAUCUGAUUCAACCUUUGAACGCCAUCGAAGAAGAAAUAAUCAAUCGUUCGAUAGAGAAGCUGAAUCACGAUUCCAAAUUGAUAGAAAAUUGCCAGCCAGUUCUUCAUCUCCUCAAUGACAUCAAACAGAGUAUUCCAGUGGUGGUGAAAGAUAUUUAUUCGAGACAAGAGCUACUGGAAUCUCUUCGAGGGAUCUUAAAGCCUCUGAAGAAUAUCGAGGAACGAAUGAAGAUCUUAGAAAAUGAAACAGAAGGCACUCUCGAGAGGGACGUGGCAAAGAUCCUGGUGAAUCCUUUGGAAUAUUUAUUGGAAGCCAUCAGUGUCACCUCCAGGGAACUCCAGUUCCUCGAUCAACGAAGGGAGAUCGUCAUUGAAAUUCGAAACCUCGUCGAACCACUGGUAGAAUUCUUGAGUUGCUUAUCGGUGGUGCAGAGCAGUCGCAAAAGUCUGGUUCCUGAAGCAGCUUUGCUAGAUGAAAGGCGAAACGUGAUUCUAAAGGCUGUCGAAGAUCUUCAGCGUCAAACUACCACUAUCUUAGAGAGAAUUCCGAAUCUGGAAGGAGCAUCGCUGUUCGAGAGACCACUGAUUUCCUUGAAGAACGCCACUGCCUCUGUUCAGAAACAGAUUGGUAAAACUGAUUACUCCAGAAGACUCAGCAGCGUUGAUUUCAGUCUUCAGUAUAAUUUAGCGUGCUCUUUCGAUCAACUGAAAAGCACCAUAUCAACCGUGGAAGAGAAUGCUGAUGAAUCCGUUCGGCAAGUGAUUUCCAAGUCCCUGGAAGCUCUUCAGAAGCAGAUAACUCUGUCGCAGACGCAUUUCAUUCAGACUAGUGAACAGCCUGUUGACGAAGAAGCUGUUGUCGAAGGGUUCUUAUAUCCCACCAAUCAGCUUCAGUCAGCUUUGAACGUGCUGAAGGAACAAAUUGAUCAGAAAGCGAUAGCGUCAGUGUCGAUUGAGUCGGUCAGGCUUCUUCAGGCUCUGGCGAAUUCUACGUCGGAUUUGGCUUCUUCUUUGUCCAUGCAUCGAGUGCAAUUGAUUCGCAACGGUGCAUCCGAAGGAUCGUCUUUGGUAGAGACCUUGUCUGCUGUGGUGGAUGUUCUUCAGAGCGUGAAGGAUUCUAUAAAGGCAAUCGAAAAGGUGGUCAUUGAGAAAGAGGGUGCUGGCAAGGUGCAGGAAGUUGAAGGUCGAAGUGUUUCUAUGGAUAUGCCGAUGGAUAUGCCGAUUACCAUCACACAGAUCGAAACUAUCGUUGAUGAGGUCAUUGAAAUUUCGAAGGAAGAGAUUGAAAGUGUGCUGACGAUUGAGAAAUUGUCUACGGAUAGAGAUCAACAGAGAACAGAAGAGGUAAAGUCUGAAGAGACUGGUGAUAAAAUGAAGGCUAUUACGAUGGAAGAUGAAAGUGCGAAAAAAGAAGACGAUACGAAAGAUAAAAGUGUAGAGAUGAUGGAUAGAAAGAAAGAAGAAAUGGUAGAGUCAGUUGAGAAAAUAGAAAUUUCUUCUGAGAAGAUAGAGGAUAAGAAAGAAAAAUUAGAGGAAGUGAAAGAAGUGGAAAUAGUAACUGAGAAAGUGGAGGAAUUGGCAAAGAAACAAACAGAUGAGGAAGCAAAAAUAUCUGAAAAGGUGGAACAAUUAGGAGAGCAGGAAGAGAAAACGAAAGAAGUGGAAAUUUCAGUGGAGAAGGUGGACGAAUUAACGAAGAAAGAGGCAGAUCAGGUAAUAAAAAUAUCUGAAGUGGCAGAAAAAUCAGAGGUAAAGGAAGAAAAAAUGGAAGCUCAGGUGAAAGAAGUGGAAACUGAAAAGAUGGAAUUAACAAAAAAAGAAACAGAUGAAAAGGCACAGCAAUUAGAGAAACAGAAUGAAACUAUGGAAAAGCAAAUAAAGAAAGAAGAAAAAAAAGUGAAAGUUUCAACUGAAGAGAUGGUGGAAUUAUCAACAAAAGAAACAGAGAGCAAAGUAGAAAAAUUAGAAGAAAAGAAAAAACAAAUAGAAGAAGAGCAAAAAGUGGAAAUAUUAUCUGAGAAGGUUGAUGAACUGACACAGAAGAAAACAGAUGAAAAAGUAGAAAAAUUGGAGGAGAAAGUAGAGGAGCAAGUGAAAGAAACAGAAAAAGGUGAAGCCACAGCUACGAAGGUGGAAGAAUUGGUAACCAAAGAAGCUGAUGAGAAAACAAAGAAAUUAGAAGAAGAAGUAAAAAUGUCAUUUGAAAAGCAAGAAGUGUCUGUAAAAGAAGAUGAGAAAGUAGAAGAAAAGGAAGAAGAUACUAUAAAAAUACUAUCUGAAAAAACAGAGGAGCUUGCAGUAAAAGAGGAAAGCGUUCAAGCAUUAUCAGAAGAAGGUGAAAAAUUAGCAAAAGCAGAAGAAAAGAUAGAGGUAUCACCUGAAGGAACUGAAAAAGCACUAAUAAAAGAAGAGAAAACAGAAGUCCUAAUAGGAAAAGCAGAAGAAGCAAUUAAACCAGAAAAAAGUGAAGUAAGUUCAACUGAAAAAUCAGAAAAGCUAUUGCAGAAAGAAGAAACAGUAGAAACAUUAAUUGAAAAGAAAGAGGAAAUAGGAGAAACUAGUAAAACAGAAAAACAUAAAGCAGAAUUAACUAAAGAAGUUGUAGAAGCAGAAAAAAAAGAAGAAAAAAUUAAAGGCACAGAAAAACUUGAAGAAUCGAGCAAUCAAGAAGCAACAGUAGGAACGAGUGAAAAACCAGAAAAAUUAACAAAGAUAGAAGAAAAAGUAGGAGAAGCAGAAAAAAAUGAAAAAAUGCUAGAAAAAUCUGAAGAAGCAACGUCAUCUCAAUCAACGCAAAAAUCAGAAGAAGCCAUAAAAAAGGAAGAAACACAAGCUUUGCCUUCCAAAGUAGAAGAAUUAAUUAAGAAGGAAGAAGUCACACAAACUUCAUCUUCCAAAGCCGAAGAAUCAACGAAGGAAGAAGGUAAAACGGUAGAAAUACAAAGAACAACUAAUUCCAUUAUCACCGUGCAACAACCACUCAAAGAAUUAACAAACCUCGUGUCGUCAGCAUUAGAAGAGCCCCUUUCAUCAAAAUCCGAAGAAGAAAAACGAAAGAUUCGAGAACUAACCGCAUUGAUUCAAAUCCUCUACGACUUAAGAGCCACCGUUUCAUCGAUUCAAAAUUCAGCAUCGCCUUCCUCGAUUCCAGAACUUGAAGAACACCUCCUGCACCUAUUAAACUCCUUAAGAACCCUGGAUCGAUCCACAGAAAAAAUUCUGCGUAUAACUGAAAAAGAAUUAACACCGGCAUUGAAAGAAAACGUGAUGGUGUCUUUGCAAUUACUCCUAGAACCUCUAGAUGUUCUUCAUCGUGAAUUUUCUUCUCUUCAGGAAACAGCAGUGCAGUCUUCAGCGUACGUAUCGCUGUCGAUAAACGUUCGAAACGUGACAGAAACGAUUGCUCAGCUGAUGGAAGCGAUACGUAACACAGCAGAAUUGAAAAGAGUGAAGAUAGUUGAAGAGAUUCGAGUGCUGGCUGCGAUGAAGAAAGAAGAAAGCCAAGACAUUGAAGAAACCACCGCGAAACCACUCGAAGAGCUGAUCGAAGCCAUCAUGGUGUCCCAAGAGCACAUGAAACCUGAUGCCUCUCCUUUUGGAUCCGUUUCUCCUACGGUGGAACCAGCCGAAUCGCUUGAACAACAGAAACUUGAAGAAGAAAUGAUGCUGGAAGCAAACCUGGUAGAGAAGAUAGUGAGCCCAGUAAAAAAUCUACGAGAGUUAGUUGCAAAAAUAGAGAAGCAGGAACUUGAGGAGACUGAAACCUUGGAUCUACCUGCCAAACAAACUACUAGUAUAUUGAACACUAUUCUUCAUCCUCUGGAAGAGCUGGAGAGAUCGUUGAACAUCUCUUCGGUACAGCAAAUUGUACAAACUGAAGAAAAUGUUAAAGAAACAAAGCAAAUCGUCCAGUCCUCUCAGUCUGUACCUGUUGGAACGGUAUUAGAGGAGCUGAAGAGAUCCAUUGCUAGGAUUCAAGAAGAAGUAACCUUGGAAUCUGUUAAAGAAGCAUCGAGAACAGAAAGUGGAGUGUUAUUCAUAAAAGAAGUUGAACAAUCAUUGGAAAACUUGAAAUUCUCACUGGCUACCGUACAGAAAGUCGUAGCCACUGAUACCGAAAGCGCUGAAGAGUUAACCACCCAGCAGAGAACGAUGGCUGUGGAAACCUUCGUGAAAUCGGUGACAGAUUUGGGCGAAAAGUGUCUGGCAAUCGUCAGCAGACCUAAAACUAAAGUGGACACUGCUGAAGGACUCCAGAAGGAACAACUUGAAGAAGUACUGGAGAUGAUGGUGCAACCUAUUCAAGUACUACGCGAAAGUACAUCUGAGAUCGAAACGCAGAGAGCUGAAGAGAUCCAACAUAUGGAUCAAACAGAGAAAAACGUGAUCGAGGCUCUGAAGCCUCUGGUGCAUCCUCUGGAACAACUGGAGCAAUUAUUAUGCACAGCUGUUCAUCAGGACAGUUCGAUAAAAACGGAAACCGUUGAAGAGAUGAAAGAAACUGGUUCGUCUGUAGAGAAACUGAAACUGACCCCAGUUUUGGAAGACCUGCAGAAGUCCAUUGCGGUAGUUGAACAGCAGAUGGCUCUUCAAGCAAAGGAAGUUGAUACUUCGAGGGUUACAGUUGAAUCAUCCGUAGCUGAGCUGAUUGAAAGUCCAUUGAAGAACUUGAAAUCCACCAUGGCGGCUAUACAGAAUCUCGAGACGGAAGAAACCAAAGAAAUGACCAGUGAGGAAAGGACAACAGCCCUAAAGGCGUUUGCCAGGUGCCUUGAAGAGAUUGGACAGGUCUGUUCCAUAGCUUCUAGCCAGCAGAAGAUGGAGACUACUCUUCUGCAGCAGCCUCAGGUAGCUAAAUUAGAGUUUGAACAACAAGUUCUCGAAGCCAUAUCAGGUCCCAUUCAAGUAUUACGGGAAACUGUGUCUAAGAUCGAUGAAGAAACCCAAGAAGCUGAAGCUCUGCUGGUAUCUGAGACCAAAGAAGCAGCUAACGUGUUGCAUACUUUGGUCCAACCUUUGGAACAACUUGAAAAAUGCUUAUCCGUGGCUGUCGAGCAGACUAGCAUCGCUGGGGAAGAAUCUGCAAAGGAAAUGAAAGAUCUCCAGGCUUCUAUGAAACUGAACGUGGAACCUGUUCUUCAAGAACUACAGAAGUCGAUUGCGACGAUUCAGGAACAGGUAUCCUUUGAAACGGGAGUAGAAAAAUCAGCUGAUAAAUUGGAAACUUCGGUAGCCAAAGCUAUAGAAGAGCCAUUAGAAAAAUUGAAGGCUUCCGUAGCAGCUGUUGAAGAGAUAGUAUGCCAAACCGAGCAAACUGGAGAUCUAUCUGAAUCAGAAAAGAGCUCGAUUCUAAAAUCCUUUGCUAAAUCUGUUGAAGAGAUCAGUCAGCAUUGUGUGGCAAUGAUUUCUCAAAAAGCAGUUCCAAAAACGUUAGAAAAAUCGCAGGUAGCCAUACUUGAAGAAGCCAUCAGUCCUCUGAAAGCUUUGAGAGAGGCCAUCGACAAGAUUGAAGAAGAAAAUCUUCAGGAAGCUGAAAAGCUUGACACUUUGGAAACUAAAGAAUUAGAAAAAUCCUUGAAGAUUCUUGUUGAACCGCUACAAAAACUGGAAACUUCAUUAUUAUCAACAGUUGAACAGGCAGUAUUGACACAACUUGAAGAAACUGAAGAAAUGAAGGAUAGUGUUCCAUCCGCAGAGAAACUGGAUAUUUCUCCUGUUGUUGAGGAGCUUCAGAAGUGUGUAGCUACAGUUCAGGAGCAAGUGAAGUUACAGACAGCGACAGCAAGCCCUGAAGAGAAGGCUGUCCUGGUACAAGCUGCAGAAAAGUCGUUGGAAGAAUUGAGUUCUUCGUUGACUGUCAUUCAAAGCAUAGUUGCCACUGUAUCCAACGAAGAAGAGAAAGUUUCAGACAUAGAUAAAAUGUCAGCCGUUCAACAGUUUGCCAAAUCUGUCCAUGAACUUGAAGAGAAGUGCCUGGUCAGUCAAGAACAAGCAGAAGUGAAAGAAACAGCGAAGGAAAUUGAAGGAAUCGAUGCUAGAGCAAUGGAAACCAUCGUUGCUCCUGUUCACGCGUUACGCGAGACUAUCCUGAAGAUCCAAGAAGAAAAUCUGGAAGAAGUAGGAACUCUAGGAACUGAAGAGAUGAAGUUACAAGUACUGAGUCCUCUUGUACACCCUCUCGAAGAAUUAGAAAGAUGUCUGAUCACCGCUGUUCAGCAGGAAACUGGUCAGAAGCUCGAAACUACAGAAGAAAUAAAAAAAGAGUCUCUAGAAAAAAUGGUUCUGAAACCAAUUCUUGAAGAGUUAAAACAGAACAUCGUUAUUGUUCAAAAACAGCUUGCUAUGGAACCUGAAUCGAGUUUCAAACUAGAAGAUGUGAAGAAUAUAACUGAAGCAAUCGAAGAAUUGUAUACUUCAGCUACAGCUGUUCAGCAGGUGGUCGCGAUUUCCUCUGAAGAAGCUGAAGAAAUGAAGUCUUCUAAGACUUCUGCUUUGGAAUCCUUCGCGAAAUCAAUGGAACAGUUGGAAGAAAGGUGUCUAGCAGUAAUUAAUCAGCAAAAAGUAGAGAAAAUUGAAAAACCUGAGAAACAACAAGGAAAAUUAGUAGACGCACAGGUUCUUCAGAAAAUCACUGAUACGAUACACGUUUUGCGGGAAUCUCUGUCUCAAAUUGAAGAAGAGAAACUACAGGAAGCUAAAGAACUGAAAAUAACGAAAGAAGAAGAAGAAGCUGGAUUAAAAUUGAACGUUCUGAUUGAGCCUCUAAAUGUAUUAGAAAAAGCUUUAAUGACAGCCGUGGAAGAAGGUAAAAUUGUGACUGAAGAAACCACGCAGGAGUUGAAGAAAACGGAAAUAGCAGUGGAAAAAUUGAAUCUCCAGCCUGUUCUCGAAGAAUUACAGAAAUCAAUCGCUGUUGUUCAACAAGGAACGAGUGAAACUGCAGCUUCCGUUGAAGAAUCUGAUCUGAUGAAGAUGGCUGAGAAGUCUCUUGAAGAAAUGAAGUUAUCCAUGGCGGCUGUUCAAGAACUGGUAUCUCAUCAAGAUCAAGCCCAAGAGAUCAAAGCUGAAGAGAAAUUAGAAGCUUUUGCAAAAUCCAUGGAGGAGGCUGGAGAGAAUCUUCUGGCUGUAGCCAAACAACAAGAACUGAAGAAAGCUGCUUUACGCAUUGAAGAACCCUCAGCCUUGAAAGUAUCUGAAGACUUCGUGAAGACUGUGGUGACACCCAUCGCUGAACUACAUACCACCAUCGUAAAAAUUGAUAAAGAAACUGAACUGUCAAAGGAGAAGGAAAAAGAAGAAGCAGUGAUAUUCCUGAGCAUGGUUCAACCAUUAAAAAAAUUAGAAGAAUCAUUUUUGUCAGCUGUGCAGGAAGAAAUGAAACAGGAAGCUGCUGAAGAAAUUCGUCCAGCAAUUCCAGUUCUACAGAAGCUGCCUAUUCAGUCUACCCUGAAGGAGUUGAACAAAAACGUGGCAGAGAUUCAAGAACAAUUGGUCCUUGCCAAAGAAACCUUGACUCGUACAGGAAGCACCGAGGAUGUAGCUGUGAUAAAAACUCUGGAACGUUCGUUGAGUAAUUUGAGAACCUCUUCGGCAAUAGUUCAGCAACUGGCAGCCAUUGAAGAACCUGGACAGCAAAUCCUGGAUGUGGAGAACGUGUCCGCUUUGCAGGCUUUCGCGAAAGCUGUUGAAGAGUUCAAAAAGAGCUGUGCAGCUAUCAUUUCAAGGCCUGCUGUGAUGUCCAGUAUCAUUGGAAAGGUACACCUUGAAGAAAUGACGAAGAAGGAAGCUUCUAGCACGGAAACCAUCCUCGUUCCUGUUAAAAUAUUGCAAGAAUCCAUCUGUACGAUCGAGGAACUGAAAUUACAAGAAACAGGAAUUCUGGACACAUCGGAGAUGAAGAAACCAACGACGGUGUUAAGCGAAUUGAUAGCUCCUCUUCAACAAUUGGAGCAAUCCUUCAUGGCCGCCAUUCAGGGAGAACACGUGAUGGAACAUGCUGCAGAGAGUUUUGAAGCUGAUAAAGCGUCCUUCGAGAAGACAACUCUGAAGCCCAUCCUCGAGGAGUUCCAAAAGUCAAUCGCUAUCGUUCAAGAGCACAUGGUUCUUGAAGAAGGCGCGCAGAGUUUAUCAGAAGCUGAAGAAGCCUCUCUGAAGAUGAUGGCGCAGACUGUGACGGACUUGAAGACCUCUGUUGCUGCCAUCCAACAGAUAACUGAAACAGUCCCAGAAAUGGCAAACGAAUUAUCUAAAGGUGAAAGUGUCGCCGCCUUUGAGACUUUCGCCAAGUCUCUUCACGACCUAGUGGAAAGAGUGGCGACCAUCGACCACCAACAAAUCAUCCUCGAACCUGCAGCAGACACCAUAUCAGAGGACGCUUCUUCCUUGAAGACAUGGGCGGAUAUUGUUGAAGACUCACCUGUUCAAGCUUUGGAGCCUAUGAUCGUGGACCAAGGUACCAUAGAAUCUCCAUCGGAAAUAGCCUUGUCUAUAUCUGAAGAAGAAGCUCAGGUUCUGAAGGGGUUGGCUAAGCCUCUGAGCGAACUGCGGGAAUGUCUGGCUGUGGUAGUUGAAGAACGAAAGUCGAUGGACGCGAACGAAGUGGCAUUCUCUAUGUCUGAAAGAGAGGAUCUCUCGUUGCUGAAGACAGUGGCACAGCCUUUAUUAGAGCUAAAAAACGCAGCCGUCUCUGUGAUUCUGGAACAAACUGCCGUCGAAUCAGCUGGAGAGAAAUCCUUUGAAGAAAAACCGGAAACCAACCUGAAUCCUCUGAUAGAAUCCCUUGAAGAACUCUGUCACUCUAUUGCGUUGAUCGAAGAUCAGAUGCUCGUUGAAUCAGCUGAAGACCGCACGAUUGAUGAAGUUUCCUUGCUGACAGCUUUAGCGGAGCCUCUGAUGACGUUGCAGAGAAGCGUUUGUGUCCUUGAAGAACGAGUGCUCUCGCCUGACGUGGAACCGUUGCCUGAAGAAUCCAAUUGGAUCAACGAGUGCUUGGCGGUUCCUCUUCAGGAAAUAGAAAAAUCCAUCGCCGAGAUUCGGGAAUGUUGCGUCGUAGAGCCUGAGGAACAGUCGAGGAUGGUCACACUGGACUGGUCGGUAGUUGAGAAACUGGUAGAACCUGUGGAAGUCAUAAGAUCGACCAUCAUCGGUAUGGAAGAUACUGUUGCUGAAGAAAUCAAAGAGUGUACAAUCAUGAAGAAUCUGGUACAGCCGUUGUCCGAGGUCCACGAGAGCUUCAUGCUGUUGAAGGAUAGAACAGACUUGACCGUUGCUGAAGAAGAAGCCAGUAUCGAUGCCAUAGUGGAUUCCUUAUCCAACCUUGAGAAGAGUAUAUCAUUUAUCGAAGAACAAACUGCUGAGAAAGUUGAAGACGUGUCGUCGAGUGCUAAGGAUGAUAGAAUGGUGAUUGGUAUUUUAACUGAGUCCUUGAUGCAGCUGAAGGAAUCUAUCAUGACUGUAGAAGAGUCUCCAACGGUGUACCUUGAGAAUCUGGAACAGCCUUUGAAGGAAUUGCAAUCAGCUUUGGAAAGUGUUUCAAAUAUUCGACGUGAAAAGGCAGGGAAAGAGAAGACGAAGAAAAUUGUUUCGUUGGAAGAAGCUACUAGGGUUUCGACAAGAUUGAAGAACUCGAUUAAAGAAAUAAAUGAUUCUAUUGAGUCUAUAGAUAAUAAGAUAGAGAGCUUCAAAGGAUUGUUGGGUAUCGAAGUUCAGAUUGAGAACGAGGCCUUGAAAUCCCUGGCCAAACCUUUCGAAGGACUUAAACGAGGAAUUGAAAAAAUAUUGGAGAAGGAAGAGGUUGAAGGAUCGACUGUGGAUUCUCUUCGAAAACUUCGAAAUGCAAUUGGGAUUAUCCGUCAACAAUCAGCUGACAAGCCCAUGACGGGACCAUUCCAUUUUGAAACAGUGGAUAUCGUUGGUAUGUUGAGACCACUAACGCCAUGUUUGCAUGAAUUGGAGACCUGCACUGAAAAGGUUGAAACAGCCUGGAAGGAAAAUUCAGCUGCCGAAGGGUUGGUUGAGCUUGAAACACCUAUUUCGAAUUUGAUGAACACGAUAAAUAUCCUUCGUGAGAAAUUGUUAGGGCUAGAUAUUGUGUGGGUGACCGAAGAAGAGAAGAAGAAAAAAGAGGCGAAGAAAAAGGAAGAGGAGGAGGCUGAGAAAUUAAAACAAGAGGAAGAAGAGCACAAGAAGAAAGAAGAAGCUGAGAGAUUGAAACAAGAGGAGGAAGAGCGCAAAAAGAAAGAGGAGGCUGAGAAAUUGAAACAAGAGGAGGAAGAGCGUAAGAAGAAAGAGGAAGCUGAGAGAUUGAAACAAGAGGAGGAAGAGCGCAAAAAGAAAGAGGAGGCUGAGAAAUUGAAACAAGAAGAGGAAGAGCGCAAAAAGAAAGAGGAGGCUGAGAGAUUGAAACAAGAAGAGGAAGAGCGCAAAAAGAAAGAAGAGGCUGAGAAAUUGAAGCAAGAAGCAGAAGAGCACCGGAAGAAAGAAGAAGCUGAGAGACUGAAGCAAGAGGAGGAGUGCAAAAAGAAAGAAGAAGCUGAGAAAUUAAAACAAGCUGAAGAGGAGCGUAUAAAAAGAGAGAAAGAUGAACGUAAGAAAACAGAAGAGGAAGAGAAACUAAGACAGGAAGAGGAGGCACGUAAGAAAAAAGAAGAGGAAGAGAAACUAAGACAGGAAGAGGAGGCACGUAAGAAAAAAGAAGAGGAAGAGAAACUAAGACAGGAAGAGGAGGCACGUAAGAAAAAAGAAGAGGAAGAGAAAAUAAAGCAAGAGGAAGAGACACGUAAAAUAAAAGAAAAAGAGGAGAAAUUAAGACAAGAAGAAGAAGAACGUAAGAAAAAAGAAGACGAAGAAAAACUUAGACAAGAGGAAGAGGCACGUAAAAGAAAAGAAGAAGAGAGACUGAAACUGGAAGAGGAACGCAAAAAGAAGGAAGAAGGGGAGAAAUUACAAUUAGAACAAGAGCACAAGAAAAAGGAAGAAGAAGAUAAAUUGAAACAAGCAGAAGAGGAACGUAAGAAAAAAGAGGAAGAGGAACGCCAGUGGAAAGAGAAAGAGGAAAAAUUAAAACAAGAAGAGGAAAGAUUAAAACAAGAGGAGGAAGCACGUAAAAAGAAGGAAGAACAAGAAAGAUUAAAACAAGAGGAGGAGGAACGUAAGAAAAUGGAAAAAGAAAAAUUGAAACAACAAGAAAUGGAACAAAAGAAAAAAGAGGAAGAAGAAAAGCUGGCUGAAAAAUUAAAACAAAAAGAAGAAAAAUUGAAACGCGAGGAGGAAGAGCGCAAAAAGAAAGAGGAGCAGGACAAAUUAAAGCAGCAAGAAGAGGAACGCAAGAAAAAAGAGGAGGAAGAAAGGCUAAAACUUGAAGAGCAAGAGCGUAAAAAAAGGGAAGAGGCUGAAAAAUUAAAACAGGAGGAAGAACUUAAGAAGAAACAAGAAGCUGAAAAAUUGAAGCAGGAAGAGGGACGCAAGAAGAAAGAAGAAGCUGAAAAAUUAAAACAGGAGGAAGAACUUAAGAAGAAACAAGAAGCUGAAAAAUUGAAGCAGGAAGAGGAACGCAAGAAGAAAGAAGAAGCUGAAAAAUUGAAGGCAGAGGAAGAACGUAAAAAGAAAGAAGAGGCUGAAAAUGAAAAACUUAAACAGGAAGAUGAACGCAGGAAGAAAGAAGAAACUGAAAAAUUGAAGGCAGAGGAAGAACGUAAAAAGAAAGAAGAGGCUGAAAAACUUAAGCAAGAAGAAGAACGCAAGAAGAAAGAAGAAGAUGAAAAAUUGAAAGCGGAAGAAGAACUCAAAAAGAAAGAAGAGGCUGAAAAAUUAAAACAGGAAGAGGAACGCAAGAAGAAAGAAGAAGUUAAAAAAUUGAAGGCAGAGGAACAACGUGAAAAGAAAGAAGAGGCUGAAAAACUUAAGCAGGAAGAAGAACGCAAGAAGAAAGAAGAAGCUGAAAAAUUGAAGGCAGAGGGAGAACGUGAAAAGAAAGAAGAGGCUGAAAAACUUAAGCAGGAAGAGGAACGCAAGAAGAAAGAAGAAGCUGAAAAAUUGAAGGCAGAGGAAGAACUUAAAAAGAAAGAAGAGGCUGUCAAACAAAAGGAAGACAAGAAACAUAAAAAGAAAGAAGCUGAAAAAUUAAAAGAAGCUGAACAAUUGAAGGAACAAGAAGAACGUAAAAAGCGAGAAGAAGCAGAGAAAUUAAAACAAGAACAGGAAAACCGCAAACUUGAGGAAGAAUCCAAGAAAAAGAAAGAGGAGCAGGAACGAAAGCAGAAAGAACAAGCAGAGAAGCUGAAACAAGAAGAAGCUGAAAUAUCAAAGAAAGCUGAAUCAGACACACUGAAAAAGAAAGAAGAAAAAUUAAAAAGAAAAAAGGAAGAACUAAAACAACAGCGGGAAGAAGAUGAACGAAAAGAAAAAGAAGAGGCUGAAAAACGAAAAAAGGAGCAAGAACAGAGGAAAAAGGAACGAGAAGAGCGUGCCAAGAAAGAAGAAGAGGAAAGACUUAAGCGUGAGGAAGAGGAACGCAAGCGAAAAGAAGAAAAAGCAAAGCAGAAAAAAGAGGAAGAAAACCGCAGAAAAGCAGAGGAAGCGGAAAGACUGAAGAAAGAACAAGAAAAAGAAGAACAAAGACGGGAAGAAGCUAAGCGUCGACGUGAAGAACAAGAAAAACAAAUCAGACAGGAAACUGAGAAGAUUCGAAAAGCGGAAGAAGAAAGAUUAAGAAAAGAAGACGAGACUCGUGAACGCAGAAGAAAGGAACGUGAUCUCCGAAGACAGGAAGAAGAAGAGAAACUUCAUAAAGAGGAGGAGGAAAGAACAAAAAGGGAGGAAGAACGCAGAAGAAGAAGAAGAGAGGCUGAAAGACAAUGGAGAGAGGAUGAAGAAGCGAUCAGAAGAAAAGAAACCGAACGUUUGGAACGCAGAAGAGCUGAAGAUCGUCAAAAUCGGGAGGAAAUGGAACGUUUGAAAAGGGAAGACGAAGAAAGGAGACGCAGAAGAGAUGAAGACAGGCAAACGAGACACGAAGAAACAGUGAAAGCUUUGAAAGAAGAACACGAUCGUUUAAGAAAAAGGCAAGAAGAAGAAACAUCCAGACUUCGAAAAAGAAGACAGGAACAGAUAAGAGACGAUAGCUGGUCUAGAAUGAGACAAAGCGAAUCAGAUCAAUUGUUGAAGAAAAUGACAGAUGAUUCUUUCAGACUUGGAACUAGUAAAACGUUUUCUUCGGACCUUGAUUUUCACAGAGAUAAAUCAUACAAAUACGAUUCUGGUUUUGAAUCUGCAUUGUCUAGUGCUUCGAGAUCGUACAGUUGGAGAGAUUCGUUGACUUCAUUAACUAGAAGAAGAGUUGAUGAUUUUAUUGAUUAUAAAUUAAGAGACACCUCGAUGGAUAGGUACUACUUUGAUACGGGUGGUUAUUAUCGAAGAAGAAGAAAGAGGGACGAUCGAAUUACUCGAGCUAGAUCAAUUAGUUUAUUAAAAUACGAUGACUAUUCGACCGGCGAUAGCGACACGACUAUCACACCUGCCAGUCCUAUAUUGUCUAGGUAUAGCAGAACGAAAACGAGAAGUCGAAAUGAUCUUGAUGAUCGAGGAUCGAACUUAUCGCUCUAUCUACCUCCAAUUAAAGACGAGAUUACACCACGUGAAAAAGGAAAGAAACCAUCGUUCUGCACAAGAUUAACAAAUAGAACCGUAGGGGUUGGUAUGAGGACAAGAUUAACAUGCACCGUGUUGGGUCACCCGGAACCACGAGUUUAUUGGACGAAGGAUGGCGAGAAGCUCGAAACGAUUUCGAACAAAUAUCGAAUUCGAUUCGAUAAUGGUAUGGCUUAUUUCGAAUUGCAUGAAGCGCUCCCCGAAGAUUCCGGACUGUAUACAUGUGUUGCCGAAAAUAUUCAUGGAAUCGCGAGCACCGAAUCCGCGUUAAAAGUUUACCCUGAUUUCCAACCAGCAUUGUCACCCCCUACCUUCACCAGGUCCAUUAAAGACACUUAUCGACCUUCUGACAAUGAAUUGAUCCUGGAAUGUCGAGUACGUGGCCAUCCUAUUCCAUUGAUCUCCUGGUUGAAAGACGGCUGCAUUUUGCAAGGUGAUCGUUAUAAACAAUGCUAUUUAGACGAUGAUAUCUAUCGAUUGGAAAUCGCUGCACCGAAUUCGAAGGACAAUGGACGAUACACCUGCAGAGCGAUGAACGACCUGCGAACCGAGGAAAUAUCCCACGUGGUUCAAUUUAACGAACGAGAUCGACGAGUUGCGAGCAAACACGAGAAACUUUACGACGACCACUUCAGCAUCGAAGCUUUCAGGAGGCCUCGUUUCUCUAAUUACUUGACCGAUUACAGUGUUCCAACUGGUGGCACAGUUGCUUUGCAAGUCGAAGUCAAAGGAGUACCGGCACCGGAAGUAAGAUGGUUCUGUGGCGAGAAAAAGGAACCCGUCUCGAUUCCAAAGGCGAAGACAUUCACGGAAUCGGGUGUGCAUACUUUAGUCCUACCGGAAGUGACUGAAUCCGAGAGGGGCACGUACAUGUGCAGAGCAAUUAACGCUUACGGUCAUGUGGAUAGUAUCGCCAUCGUGGAUGUGAUAUCACCGAGUGGCAGUGAUAGUGGAAAACCUGCCAUGUUCGUAUCGAGACCCGUGGAUAAAUCCAUCACAGUCACCUCUGGAGAGGAUGUCAGUGUGUCGUUCAGAUUUUCUGGAGUGCCAAAACCAAAAAUCAUCUGGAUGAAAGGGUUAAAGGACAUCACAGAUGGUCCUCGAUCUCACAAGGAAGUAAUCGAUGACUAUGUGAGAUUAACCUUGAAGAGGGUGGUUCCUUCUGACGAGGGUACCUAUUGCAUACUUCUGAAGAAUAGAUACGGUUGCGACAGAAGUUUCUUCUCCCUCAAGGUGAAACAACGUGCGAGAUCGUUAACACCUGACUGGAGUACCUUGAGCAGCCGCACAGAAACCGGAAGUCUUCAUGGUAUCUCGAGCGAAAGUCGCGAUGACGAAAUGUCCUACGUGAAAAAUGUUCCAGGGCCUAUUAGCAGUGAACCAGUCGUCGUUGAUGGAGGAAAAAAUUGGCUGUCAUUAAGUUGGGGAAAAGCUGAAAGAAGAGGACCAGCACCUGUUAUCGCCUAUAGGGUUGAUGCUUGGUUAUUGGGAAGCGACGGUGGUGCACGAUGGGUCGAGCUGGGAAUGACACCUAUCAACGCGUUCGACGCGUUCAACCUGAAGCCAGGAGGCGAAUACAAGUUCCAAGUGACACCAAGGAAUCGUUAUGGAUGGGGCGAGUCUGUGACGAUGACGAACUCUGUGAGGGUCAGUGAGACCGUCGAUCUUCCGGAGUUCACCAAGAUCUUGCCAGGUCAGCUCAAGGUCCUCGAAGGAACGACAGUCAAAUUGGAAUGCGAGAUUCGAGUUGAUUCACACGUAGAUGUAAAAUGGUACCGAGAAUCUACAGAGAUCGAUCCCAAUGAUGAUCCCAGAUACUCGAUCUUUUAUAAUGGAUCCAGGUGUUCGCUUACCAUUGAAAAGGUCCAGGAAAGUGAUAAUGGAAGAUACGUUUGCGAGGCAAGUAAUCUGGUUGGAAAAUCGUCGUCCUUCGCCAGAGUGCUCGUCGUCGAUGAUCCGAAGAUCAUCGAAGCCGAUGCAAAACUGAAAUCAAGGCUUUUGAGAGACGAUACGGAAGACCGACCACCAGAAUUUACCAUGAGAAUCCGAGACAGGAGGGUUCAAGCCACGUAUCCCGUAAGAUUAACUUGUCAAGUGACAGGACAGCCGGUUCCAGAGGUUACGUGGUACAAAAACGACACAGAGAUUCGUCAAGAUGAGCGCCACAUAUUCUGGGACGACGACUCCAACUUCCACACCCUAGAGAUCAUUCAUUCCACGCUAGAAGAUUCCGGCUGUUACAUGGUCACAGCAAAGAAUGCGAAUGGUUCGGUGUCCUGUCGAUGUAUCCUGAUCGUGGACAAAGGAAUUCGUGCUUACAUAGCCCCGGAAUUCUUAUGCGGCCUCGAUGCUGCUUAUACGGUGAAAUUGGGUGGAGAUCUAAGAAUGACGGCCCAGAUCGAAGCGUAUCCCAGUGUCGGUGUGGUGUGGCAUCGUGAUGGAAAUCGUCUUCGUCCCAGCAGAAGAACAGUAAUGACCCUGAACCAUGAUGGUACCGUUGAACUUUCCUUGGCAAAGGUAACCGCAAGGGAUGCUGGUGUUUAUUGCUGCACAGCUACCAACGAAGUUGGCCAUACUGAGACCUCUACGAGGGUGUCCAUUAUUGGCACUGAGACUGAAGGUGAACAGACGUCCCUCGAUGGAGUGCCAACUGUGACACUGGCUUCGUCCGAUAUACCAUACUCGAAGGAGCCAUUGUUCGUUACGAAACCUCUGUCCACCGAAGCUAUCGAGGGUGAUGCUGUGAUAAUAUCCUGUGAAGUGGUCGGUGAUCCGAAACCGGAAGUGAUGUGGUUGCGCGACUUUCUUAAGCCUGACUACUACAGGGACGCAGCCCAGUUCAGGCUGGUCGGCGAAGGACCUCAGUAUCGUCUGGAAAUACCGUAUGCGAAACUCGACUUUACGGGAACCUACUCCGUGAUAGCUCGCAACUGCCAUGGGGAGGCGAAAGCCGUGAUUUCUUUGCAGAUAUACGCGAAAGGUCAAGGUAAAGAGGAGAAGAUGAAGAAAUCAGGGGUUACACACGGCAAUGUACUGACUUUACCGGUGAUCACGAGAGAGCUUCGGGAUCUCAGGUGUUGCGAUGGCGAUGCUGUCACCCUUGAAUGCAAAGUUCAAGCUACACCGGAGGCACCUCUUGUUCGAUGGGAACGCGGAGGAAAGAUUCUACAAAUGAGCGGGGAUUUUUCGUCAGAAUUCGACGGAGAAACUGCUCGUUUGAGUAUUCAACAUGUCUAUCCUGAAGACGAGGGCGAAUACACCUGCGUGGCUUACAAUGACCUCGGCAAAGCAUUUACAUCGGCGUGUCUAAUAGUGGAUGUUCCUGAGGGGAAGGAAAAUGUUUUGUGCCAAAGACUUACGAGGCCUGCAGGUUUGUUGUCAGCAGGAUCUACACCGAGAUCGACGCCGCGAUCGACGCCGAUUAGAAGCUUAUCUCCAGCCGUGUCGCAUGGCCGAGAAUUGAGGUCUCCGCAACUUUUACCGCGAAGCAGAUCAAUGUUGAGACGACCAAAAAUCAGUCCGCCGAAAUUUUACGCGGUUCCGCACAACCGGGUCGUCGAGGAAGGUGAAACCGUACGAUUCCAGUGCGCCGUGGUGGGUCAUCCAACGCCGUGGGUGAAAUGGGACAAGAAUGGUCUAGCGGUAACCCCUACGGCGAGGAUCUCUAUAAAAGAAAGAGACGAUGUUAAAAUAUUGGAGAUCGUCGAAGUUACCCAAGAGGACGCAGGGUUGUACAGAGUGAUAGCGGAGAACGAUUACGGUCGCAUCGAAGCGAGUGCUCGUCUGGAAAUUAUAAAUCGUCAAUUACUUGGUCCAGUGUCUCGAACCAUCAGAACCAGGAGCGCAUCGCCCAGAACUUACCCAUCUUUCGGUCGAAGCCUCUUAGACACUACCAGUAGAAUAAAUGGACGAUUAUAUCUUGAUUGUAGCAUCAGAGGAACGCCGAGUCCGACACCAACAUGGUUCAGAAAUGGACGACCGUUGGAACGAUCGAAUCGAAUAAAAAGAUACUUCGAUGGUAAAACCGCCAAAGUAGAAAUUUCAAAAGUGAAAGCAAGUGACGCGGGUGAAUACACCUGCGUGGCAACGAACGUCCUUGGUUCCACGAAAAAUACCUGUCAGGUGAUCGUUCUUGACCCCCACGACCCGUCUACGUCUGACAAAAAUGCACCAAAAUUUUUGCAAUCCCUUCCUGAUGAAUCUAUCGUAAUGGAGGGCCAUUGCUACGAGCUUCAAACUAGGCUCACGGGCACUCCACCUUUUUCAGUCACUUGGUUGAAAAACGAUCGCGAGAUACCUGACAACGAUUGCUGUAAAUACAUAAUAUAUGGCGAUGGUGGAAUCGCUCUUAGGUUGUCGAACGUUUGUUCAGAAGAUGCUGGAGAAUACACCUGCCUUGUUCGUAACAAUUUCGGAGAAGCGUCUUGUAACGGUCUCUUUGCUGUUCAAGAUUACAAAGGUGUUCCGAAAUUGGCACCGCAGUUCACCAAAACCCCAUUGUCUGUUAUCACGUCGAAAGGUGAGACUGCGUGUUUCUGCGCUCGAGUGCAAUGUGGAAAACCCAUGGAAAUCGCAUGGACGAUCAAUGGAAAAGAUGUUAAAGAAAAUCCAAGGUGUAAGAUUGAACAGGACGACAAUGUAAGCAUCCUAAGGAUACAGGACGUGUCUGCUCGAGACGUUGGCGACAUUCGAUGCACAGCAUCCGUGAUCGGAAAAGGGCCAUCGAUUAGCUGCACAGCACAAUUGCAAUUAAAUCGACCCGUCCGCAAUAUCGAAGAAUCCGCGUCGAAGUGCAAUAACGCACAGGCGGAAAUUCGAAAUGGAAAACCACAGCCAAACCCAGGCAAUUUCACUCGUAACAAUUCUCUGCGAAAAACGGCACGAGACGUCCCCUCCCUAUCACAAAAUCAACGCAACGAGUCACCGAUGCGAUCAAGAUCAUCUUCGUUACCUCUGAGAUCGAAUCCUCAACGAUCGUCUCCUGCACCAACUCGAAGAAACACACCGAGUCCAUUUUCUCCAGACACCAGAAAAGCUUCGGAAAAUAAACUAAAGAAGAAAGAAAGAAAUUCUAAAAACUUGGAGAGGAUUCAAAAAGAUGAAAAGGUUUCAUCAUCCUCAAAAGAUGAAGAAGCUACUAAAACGCCUCCCGAAGAUAAACCUCGUUUGAAGAAUUCAGAGGAUGACGAAGAGAAGCGUUCGACGUCGACGAAUUCUGAUUUUAGUAAGACUGAAAAUGGUAGGAAACAAAGCCAGGAUAAUGGUAAUAAACACGAUGAUACCCCGAUAAUAUGCAUGGAAUGCGCGCCGGAAGAACCGGAUGAGGCUUCAAAGAAGGACGAAGAAACGGUGACGAAAGCGGAGAAAGUGGAUUCUGUGAGAAAGGAAUUCCUAGCGGCGAGUAUAAUUAAGGUACCAGCUGACGUGACGGUGUUCACAGGAAACAGGGUUGUCCUCAGGGUCACGUAUCGAGGUCAUCCAGAACCACGUGUCAGAUGGUUUCGAGCGGGACGAGAACUGACACCAAACAAAAAGACUGCCAUCACCUAUGGCGGUGGAGUUUCCUGUUUGAUAUCAGACGACGUCACUGCCGACAAUGCAGGGAAAUAUGAAGUGUCCGUUGAAAAUGAAUUUGGGAAAGAUCGUCGAUGUUUCAGCGUUGCUGUUGAAGGACCACCCGAUCCUCCAGCGGGUAUUCCCAGCGUGUGCUGUUCUCCAGGAACUGUCACCAUCAAUUGGCGAUCUUCACCUUACGACGGAGGUUGCACGGUCACCGGUUACACCGUGGAGAUGAGCCAUCCAGGUGAAAACACGUGGACGAGGAUCGCGGAAUCCUGUCUCUCGUUGAGUCUCACGGCACCAGCUUCCGGGACGAACGCACCGAUACCUGGGGAAAGAUAUCGUUUUCGCGUCAGAGCAGAGAACAUCCACGGUGUCAGCGAACCUGGUGACGAGUCAGAAUUCGUCCGAAUCCCGAAGGAAGGGGAGAUGUGUUUACAAGAUGACGAAGAAGAAUUCGAAGCAGCCUUCGAGGCCCGAUUGGUGGAAAUGGAAGAUGGGCAAUUAUUCAACAAUCGGUACGAAGUAUUGGAAGAAUUAGGAAAAGGACGAUACGGUGUCGUGAAGAGGGUCAUCGAAAGAUCUUCCAGCACGAGUUUCGCCGCGAAAUUUGUAAGGACGAUCAAAAGCAAGGACAGGGAACAAGUUCGAGAAGAGAUCAGGAUCAUGAACAUGCUACGACAUCCGAAGCUUCUUCUUCUCGCUGCUGCUUACGAGAGUCCUCGAGAAAUUGUAAUGGUCACUGAAUAUAUUUCUGGGGGUGAAUUAUUCGAAAGGGUUGUCGCAGACGAUUUCACCCUCACUGAAAGGGACAGUAUAUUGUUCAUGAGGCAGAUCUGCGAGGGUGUUGAAUAUAUGCAUCAAAACAAUGUGGUGCAUCUGGAUCUGAAACCGGAGAAUAUAAUGUGCAGAACGCGAACAUCCCACCAGAUCAAGUUGAUCGAUUUCGGCUUAGCUCAGACUCUGAAACCGGACACACCGAUCAGAGUACUGUUCGGUACACCGGAAUUCAUUCCACCGGAAAUUAUAAGCUACGAGCCGAUUGGCACCGAAUCGGACAUGUGGAGCGUCGGUGUGAUCUGCUAUGUUUUAUUGACCGGUUUGUCGCCGUUUAUGGGCGACAACGACGCUGAAACGUUCGCCAACAUCACUCGAGCUGACUACGACCUCGAGGAUCAGGCUUUUGACGCGAUAUCGAACGAUGCUAAGGACUUCAUCAGUGGUCUGCUCGUCAAACGAAAAGAAUUGCGAAUGUCGGCAAGACAGUGUUUGGAGCAUCCUUGGAUGGCCCAGCACGCGGAAGCGAUGAGCAGGAUAGCCUUGCCGACGGAGAAAUUGAAGAAGUUCAUUGUACGAAGAAAGUGGCAGAAAACAGGAAACGCCAUUCGUGCACUGGGAAGGAUGGCAAUUCUUUCAGCGAACAGCAGACGAAGUCCAACGGGUACCGCUGAAUCCUCGCCAACCUCUGAACGUCCAAACCCCAUUGAUUCACCGCGCCCCAUCAAUUUCGACGUAUCCCCAACAACGGAAUCAAAGAAACAUGACAUUGAUGAUCGAACAGAAAAGAAAAAAUCGACGGGAGAGUCGGAUGUUCGAGAGAGAAACGUGUAUUCCUUCUGUUACAAAACGGAGGUGAACAUCUUGCCGGAAGAAACGUUAGAUUCCUCCGAGAGAGAAGAAGCACGAGUCUCGUCGGACCUUGACGAGGCGUCCCUGAAAAAUGAACCGACCUGGGAUCGCGUAAGAUCGUGUUCUCGAGGAAAUGGAUCCGAAGAGAUUCAAGAAACUGAUACUUCUAAAGACGCACAGAAGCCAGACGAGGCUCACUUGGAGGAGCCAGUUCCUAUGGAGAAGAUCGAGGAAGAAACGGAAGAGAUAAUCACGCGAUGCCGCUACGAGGAGCGUAUCACGAUAAAAGAAGAAACUUUGUUUGUCCAAAAUUUCGAACCAGAAAGAAACACUCUAAACAUCGAGAGUUAUUCAACAUCCACGACAUCGUGCAACGAAGAAGAUUAUUCGAACAAUAUAUCUGAAGAAGUCACUUCAAAAUCGAGUAUUAACAAAGAAACCGAUGUACCUGAAGCGAAUAAAGUGAAGACGAUACGUAAGGUUGAAGAGAAAAGAAUCGACGAAGAAAUAUCUGAAACGGAGAAAGUAUCAAAGGAGAAGAUCGAUCAAAAGCUUAGACGUGUCUUCAGAGGUGAUUCGAGAGACUCUGGGAUAGGCGAUUGCAUUUCGAAUUUGUCUUCUUCCUCGCAACAAGUGAACGAGCUUGGUAUAUCAUCGAUUAAAGAAGAGGAGACGGACAAUGAUAAUAACAAUGGUAAUGCGAGAAGCGUGUCGAAGAAAGUGGAACAGUUUGAAAAUCGGAAAAUCUUCAUGGAGAAAAUGACUGAUAACGAGAUGACCCAGGAGAAUUCUGACGUUUCGGAUCCAAAGAAAUGUACCAAAGGAAGUAUGGAGGUAGAUACGCUGAGCGAUGUGACUAAAAUUAACCGACAGCAUGAAGCGGUCAACGAAAUUGAGGACCCAAGGCUAUUAAUCGGACGCGUUCGAAGUAAGUUCGUGCCAACCGGAAACGUGAGUAGGACCGCGAAAUUGUUCGAAAAAGAGGCAACGGCAUCGAAAUCACCGGCGAACGUUCCUCAAGUCCCGCAACGAACGUAUCCUGCGGUCCCUGUGGUGGCUGGAAAACCACAGAACGAAAGGAUACAGAAAGCUUUUGCCUUCUGGAAUAAGUAAAUCAUCCAAAUAUCAUCAUUAGGUAUACGUCAUUCACGAAUCCAGUAAUAUCGAAAAGGAGUGAAAAACAAGAAUCAUCGAUACGAUAGCGCGAACUUGAACUUUAGAAUUAAUCGUUAUUUUAAUCAUAAAAAUAAAGUAUUUAUUUAACAACGUUUCUAAUCAGUUCCACGAAGUUUGGGACGAUUGUUUACAGCACAAACCCCGAUAUUAUCGUUAAUCCCUUCUUCUUCUUUCUUCUUUUUCUUCUUUUUUUUUUAUGUAUGUAUCAGUCUAAAAUUUUACCGCAAAUUUUUUUGUAACUCAAUCGAGAACGAACCAAGUUCGAUUUUUAACACUUAUCUGUGUAGAUACAUUAAAAUAUAAUUAUCGUGAUUUCCGUGUAGAAUGCUCGUGAAUAAUUGCCGCAAAAAACAAUGUAAAUAGCUGUCACUGACAUUUUACAAGCAUAGAUAUAAUGAUAACGUAUUUAUUAUUUCACCACGUUCGCACCUUUCUAGUUUUUUCUUCUGAACCGUAAGGAAGCGAUUACAUGUAUUAUCAUAAGAAAUUACAUAUGAAUUUCAAAAAAUA